GUGGGGGAUUUCAUAGGACGGCGCUAUAAAUGUAGAAAGGAAGGAGCGGGUCAAUCCACCGGCAAGCAAACAAAUCAGACCAGCAACGAUAGUGAAAUCGCCGAAGAAGACCAAACCCAGAUUCGGAACCCAAAUUACAUUUUAUGUUUUAUUUGUCUGACUGUUAAAAGCCGUGCGUACUGUGUCCGUAUCUUGGUCCCUUUUUCAUUUAUUCUUAAAAAAGUUCAGUCGGUUUUAACUUACAGAAAGUACUUUCCUUUUAUAAAAAAUAAUUUAUCACCGCUAUGUACACCGCUUUCUUCUCUUCUUGUCCAAAUUUCCUAGCAGCCUAUAGCAGUUAGUAGAUGCCAAGAAGCUCUCUUACAUUCUUUAUUUUUUCUUUAUUUCUGCAAUACAUUUGCGUCUCUGUGAUCUUCUCAACUUGAUAGAAGAAGCUAGAAAGUCUUCUUGUUGGAGAUGGAUGGACGGUGGGGAUUCAAGCGGUUCAAGUUCAGGAUGAUGGUGAUGAUGAUGUUAAUGCUGGUUUUAUCACUGUUUGAUCAGAAUAUGAGCUUUUCCUUGUCUUUGAAUAGUGAAGGUUUGGCUUUGUUGAGGCUCAGAGAUAGGGUGGUGAGCGACCCUUUUGGUGCUUUAUCAAACUGGAAGGAAAAUGAUGGAGAGAUUGAUCCGUGUUCUUGGUUCGGGGUCGAGUGCUCCGAUGGAAAAGUAAUCUCUUUAAAUCUGAAAGAUCUUUGCCUUGUUGGGACCUUGGGACCCGAAGUUGGGAAGCUGGGGUAUUUAAAAUCUAUUAUAUUGCGCAACAAUUCUUUCUCUGGAAACAUUCCUGAGGAAAUUGGGGAAUUGAAGGAGCUGGAGGUGUUGGAUUUUGGAUACAAUAACUUUAGUGGACCAUUUCCAUCUCAUUUUGGCGAUAAUCUUUCCCUGACAACACUUUUGCUCGACAACAAUGAGUUUCUUGGCAGCAUGUCACCUGAAUUAUAUGAGGUUAAGAUGCUUUCUGAAUUUCAAGAAGACGAGAAUCAGCUAACCAAUGCUGCUACUAGGCCGUCCUGUAAAAGCGGAGGUUUUCCAUGGAACAUUGCCCAGCCAGGAGAUGUAGCUCACAGGAGGCGGCUGCAGCAGGUGGUAGAUCCCUCAAAUGCACUCAAAUCCAAUGAAAGAGUUUCUCAACUGUCAUCAUCGCCUUCACUUGCACCUAAUCAUCUAUCUUCACCGUCAGAAUCCCCAUUUUCACCUUCAUCAUCACCGUUGUCUCCAUCUCUAUCUCCAUUGGGUUCAACAUUUUUGUCUCCAUCAGCAUCCCCUUCCAGUAUCUUUUUAGCGCCUUCACCUUCACCUUCACCUACAUUAGCACCGACUCCAGGUUCACAACCUCCCGUAGAUCCACCAGUAUUUACCUCUGAACCACCACUUACACACAGUGUCCCAACCAAUUCCCCUGCUUCAACUCCAAACCUAAUAGAAGAUGAGAGUGCUCACUCAAAACAUCAUAUGAUUCUAAUUUUGGUUGGAAGUAUCGGGGGUUCCUUGUUUGUGUUGAUUUCGGUCCUGAGCAUUUUCCUCUUCCGAAGAAGUAAGGUGGUUACUGUCAAACCUUGGGCCACAGGAUUAAGUGGGCAGCUGCAGAAGGCAUUUGUAACUGGUGUACCACAGCUCAAGCGAUCAGAACUUGAAGCCGCUUGUGAGGAUUUCAGCAAUAUAAUUGGCACCUUUUCUGAUGGCACCGUUUAUAAGGGGACUUUAUCAAGUGGGGUUGAAAUAGCUUUGACAUCGACUGCAGUUGCAUCUCGUGAAGACUGGUCAAAGAAUUUAGAAACACAAUUUAGAAAGAAGAUAGAAACAUUGUCUAAAGUGAACCACAAGAAUUUGGUGAACCUUAUCGGCUAUUGUGAAGAAAAUGUGCCUUUCACAAGAAUGAUGGUUUUCGAGUAUGCUCCUAAUGGAACACUCUUUGAGCAUCUACAUAUACAAGAGGCCGAGCACUUGGACAGGGGAAUGCGACUGAGAAUAGCCAUGGGAAUAGCAUACUGCCUUGAGCACAUGCAUCAGCAAAAUCCUCCUAUAGCCCAUAGAAACCUGAAGUCUUGCUCUGUAUAUCUGACUGAAGACUAUGCUGCCAAAAUAUCUGAUUUCAGCCUCUUGAAUAAUGCCACUGCAGCCAAGGUGGAAUCAGCUACCAAGGAGCUCUUACAAUCCCCGUCAGCAGAUGCAGAGAGCAAUGUUUACAGCUUUGGCGUAAUAUUGUUUGAAAUGAUAACAGGUAGGAUCCCAUAUUCUGUAGGCAAUGCUUCUCUUGCAGACUGGGCAUCAGAUUAUUUGAAAAGGGACAAACCCUUGAAAGAAAUGGUGGAUCCAACUCUUAAAUUUUUCCAAGAAGAUGAACUAGAGAAGUUGUUUGAAGUGAUUAAAACUUGUGUUCAUCCCGAUCCAAAAGAAAGACCAACAAUGAAAGAAAUUGCAUCUAAGUUAAAAGAGAUCACAGCAAUAGAUCCUGAUGGGGCAACUCCAAAACUAUCCCCCCUUUGGUGGGCUGAGCUUGAAAUCUUGUCUGCUGAAGCAAGUUGAUCCAUGAAGUUGAAACGUUAAUAAAUUUGCGUACUCUUUUCCCUGUUUUUAUUGUUGGGCUCCGAGGCGGUGGAGUUGCGGGUAGAUUCUUCUUUCUCUAAUCUAAUACCUGGUAAGAGAAAUGAAUUGUUGUAUAUAAUUGAGACAGGAAGAGUUAUUGGGCCUUGGUUUGCUGCUCCUUCUCCAUACUUUUCGUUGUUUCUUACCUUUCCUUUUCCUCAUUUGUUCAUUCAUAUGCCAAAGCGGGUUGUAUACAUUCCAUUAAUGUAGCAACUUGCGAGAUGAAUAAAUGUUGAUUCUCUUCCCU